AUGAGCGACGAGACUAUGGACGUUCUGUCCAACUACCUCAAGCAGUUCACCUCUGGCGCAGCGCAGCCUCAACCUACUAACGGCCAGUUCGACACGUGGUCGCCUUCAUCCUGGCGGUCAAAGCCUAUCAAGCAAGUAGUCAAGUACGAGGACCAGACAGCAGCAGAUGCGGCAUUGAAGCAGCUCUCGAAACUUCCACCAAUCGUCACACCAACAGAGAUCUGUAGACUCAGGGCUAGCCUGCGAGAUGCAGCUCUUGGGAAGUCUUUCCUCCUGCAGGGCGGUGACUGCGCCGAGCUGUUCUCGUACUGCGCCGAGGAUCCCAUCGACGCCAAACUCAAGCUCCUCCUGCAGAUGAGUCUGGUCUUGAUCUGGGGCUCGAACAAGCCUGUGAUCCGCAUUGGCCGCAUAGCUGGGCAGUACGCAAAGCCGAGAUCGAGCCCGACGGAGAUGGUGGAUGGCAAAGAGCUGCCCAGCUUCCGAGGCGACAUUCUCAAUGGCUACGAGCCGGAGCACCGCAAAGUGGAUCCUGAGAGGCUGGUCAGCGCGUACUUUCACUCUGCCACGACUAUGAACUACAUCCGCGCACAGCUCGCCAGUGGCAUCGCAGACUUGCACAACCCUCUUGACUGGGGUCUUGGGCACGUUGGGGACAAGGAGCUGCAGACAAGGUACACCGCCAUCGUCAACAGCAUCUCUGACUCCCUCCGUUUCAUGCGCACAAUCGGAGCAGACACGUCGGGACAGCUGCAGACUGUAGACCUGUACAGCAGCCACGAGGGUCUGGUUCUGGAAUACGAGCAGAGCUUGACGAGAAGACUGAGACAUCCUGCUGGCCACCCGGCUGCGCAAGCCUCGACAGACGGCAAGGGCUGGUACAACACCUCGGCGCACUUCCUGUGGAUAGGGGACCGCACACGCCAGAUCGACGGAGGCCACGUCGAGUACUUCCGUGGCAUCGAGAACCCCAUCGGCAUCAAGGUCGGGCCCUCCAUGAAGAACGACGAGCUGAUCGAGCUGCUGGACAUUGUCAACCCCCGCAAGGACAUUGGCAAGGUCACUCUGAUCACACGUUACGGCGCCGAGAAGGUGGAGUCCAUGCUGGGCGGACACAUUGAAGCCGUCAAGAGCAGCGGUCACGUUGUGGUGUGGCAGUGCGACCCAAUGCACGGGAACACUCGCAGCACCUCCUCUGGCAUCAAGACGCGCUCCUUCAACAACAUCUUCUCGGAGCUGUCCUCGGCUCUGAAGAUCCACAAGCAGCACGGCUCCUUCCUGGGCGGCAUGCAUCUCGAGCUCACUGGCGACGCGGUGACGGAGUGCACGGGUGGAAGUCAAGGGCUCGACGAUGAAGAUCUGAGCUUGAACUACACCACCUUCUGCGAUCCCAGGCUCAACGAGAAGCAGGCGCUGGAGCUGGCGUUCUUGGUGGCGGGCCAUUACCGCGAGGAUGCGGCGAGCCUGUGA